UGAGCUUGGCACGUCCCCGACAAUAACGCACUCCAUCUCUGAUUCGUCGCCCCGGACCUGAGGGUACCAGUAACUACCCAGGGUGCUAUUCGGACAUGCUAUCUCACCAGGAAACUGCAGACUUUAGACGGGUAUGAUUUGGAUUUGGAAAUGCGAUAUUGUGGCCACCUAAAUCUUUUACAAUCUAUACAAUCUUCAUAGAGGCAGUGCCGAGAUUCAAGGACACUUCGUACACAGGGUUAAGAAAGAAACGUUGCUGAACUUCCCUCUGCAAUAAUACGAAAUGCUCUGAGACCACGUUGAAUUCUGAGAAGCACCUGACAAUUGCCUAGUGCACUUUAUCUAAUUGCACGAGGGUUUGACAACUACUGAAUGACGCUGUCAAAGAACAAUGUUUGAAACUUGUGAAUUGAGGUUUGACGUUGGUUCUGUCGUCUCCGAUUUGGUAGCCUAAACAUCAAUGGAUACAUCACUUUGGAAUACAAGCCCCUAUUGUCGCGUGUUUUAGGAUACACAAUGCUAGUACUACUAUUGAGAUUACUGUGCUUUUCACUUUGUAGAGAGGUUGUUUUCACUCACAUACACCGGGAGAAGACAAAGACAAAUGUUACUCCGAGACAUGAGUAUGCCGUCACUAACGGGAACGUAAACAAAACCAAUAGUAGGCAGAGUUGGCACUCUGUGUAUGGCAGAGUUGUCAACGAAAUGGACAGUAAAAGGGUGCAUACCUCAAGUGCAUCGUCUUGGGAUGUGGUUAGGACAUGGGUGGAUAACAUGAAUGGGACUGUUAAUAUGAAAAGAGUUAUGAAGGAAAGAGAAAUAGUGCGCAAAGGCCAUUCUUCAAAUGGAACCGAUUAUGUUACGUUACUCGAGGAUGGAAAGUCAGAGAGCCUCGAGGUGGAAAAGUUGGACACCGAGCAGCAUGCAACCAUGGAAACGCGGGAUUUUGUAUAUGGUCAUUUAAACCCCUCCAUGAGACGCACGCGAGGAGGACACCACCGUAACGAGCACAAACGGAUCUGCAGACACAAAAGAGGGACCGUAAGCCGUCGGAGAAGAAAUGUGAAGGAUGGCAGUAAGAAAGAUAACAAAAUAAGUGAGCCAACCAUGCUGUCAGAUGCGUCUUUGGAUGCACUGUUGGCCAUGUGGAAACCGCUGCCUAAACCUAUGGCCCAGAACCAGUCAACAGACUUGCCAUUUGAUGCCAGUGAUUAUGAACAGUUCACUUUGCCAGACCUCCAGGACUAUACCACACUGAUUCCUCUCAAUCCUCAAACAAAGAGAAAAUAUGUCAAUACAAACUUUUACCCCAUAACAGCAGAAUCAUAUGCCUACAUGAUAAUUUCAGUCAUCAUUUUUACUGUUGGAAUAAUUGGGAACAUGGCAAUCAUGUGCAUUGUGUGCCACAACUACUACAUGAGAAGUAUUUCAAAUUCUCUUCUUGCCAAUCUCGCCCUUUGGGAUUUUGUUGUCAUCUUUUUCUGCCUGCCGCUGGUGAUAUUCCAUGAACUAACCAAGAACUGGUUGUUGGGGGAGUUCUCCUGUAAAAUCAUCCCCUAUAUUGAGGUCGCCUCCCUGGGGGUUACCACCUUUACCCUGUGCGCUUUGUGCAUCGACCGCUUCCGCGCUGCCAACAACGUCCAGAUGUACUAUGAGAUGAUUGAGAACUGUGCCUCCACGGCCGCCAAGCUGGCCGUUAUCUGGAUCGGGGCUCUCCUAUUGGCCCUGCCAGAGCUCCUGAUCCGCCAGCUGGUCACUGAAGAUGGCGAGCCUCCGGAUGUGACGCCCUGCCAGCGCUGCGUGGUUCGUAUCUCCACUGAGCUCCCUGACACGCUCUACAUGCUGGGCCUGACCUAUGAUGGUGCUCGCCUCUGGUGGUACUUUGGCUGCUACUUCUGCCUACCCACGCUGUUCACCAUUGGCAGCUCCCUGGUGACCGCCUGUAAGAUCCGGAAGGCCGAGCGGGCCUGUGUGCGCGGCAACAAGAAACAGAUCCAUCAGGAGAGCCAGAUGAACUGCACAGUUGUGGCUUUGGCCAUCCUCUAUGGCUUCUGCAUCAUCCCAGAGAACAUCUGCAACAUCGUCACUGUCUACAUGGCGGCGGGUAUUCCCAGACGGACCCUGGACAUUCUCCAUCUGGUCAGCCAGCUGCUGUUGUUCUGUAAAUCGGCAGUGACACCUGUCCUGCUGUUCUGCCUGUGCCAGCCCUUCAGCCGGGCAUUCCUGGACUGCUGCUGCUGCUGCUGCUGUGACGAGUGUGGCCCGCCCAGAUCUUCCACCUCCGCCACUACCAGUGAGGAGAACGAGCACGAGUGCACCACUACCGACCUGGAGCUGUCGCCCUUCAGCACCGUCCACAGGGAGGCAUCCUCCUCAUACACCACUGCGGCGACCCACUGCUAAGAAGGGUCAAAAGGUCAUUGACCUCCAUCAGAUGUUACAACUGCCCUGGGAAGAGGUCAAGAGAUCGGACUGUAAACCUAUUGGGCUGGUUUCCCGGCACCCGGAUUAAAUUUACUCCAUGAUGCUAGCUAGUCUGGGGAUAUGCUUAAUCUGAGUCUGGGAGACCCUUACAGUUAGGAUUAGUAAAUGUUUGAAUCCCAACCAUUUAGGAGUUUAGAGGGCACGCCCUAUUCUAAAUGUUCACUUAAUUUCCUGAAUUGACUUUGAAUUUAAUUGACGUAAACUCUGGUGAACAUAUGUCUCGGUUUACUCAAAUUGUGUUUAUAUACAGUUGAAGUCGGAAGUUUACAUACACUUAGGUUGGUGUCAUUAAAUCUUGUUUUUCAACCACUCCACAAAUUUCUUGUUAACAAACUAUAGUUUUGGCAAGUCGGUGAGGACAUCU